AUGAAGCCUGCAUCUUCACCCCCAAGUCAGACGGCCUCGUCUUCACCGUCGAGUGGCCUCCGGUCUUCAACGACGGGGUCUGCCUUUGUGCCUGCACAGUCCGAGCUUGACGGCGAAAGAUCCGGCAUCGGACAACACAGGAACGAAGACCAUGAGAGGCCUAUCUUGAGCAAAAGCGCCGAGGCAGCUGCCAUAACCCUGUCUAUCAUGGGCUUCAUCGCUCUUAUCGUCGGCAUUGGGAUCUUUUUCAAACGUCGCCGUAGACGCCGGAACGAAUACUCCAUGCGCCACGCAGAAGAUGCCUUCAACCCGAACAACAACGGCUCUCUACACGCACCUGAAACUGCCCACGUCAUCUACGAUAGCCCUCCGCCUUCGCUCGCUCAUAUGACCAAAUCUUCUACAAGCAGUACUGGACUGUUCGCUGGCGCUCAUUACGAACGCCCAGAAACCGUAUCGACGAAAUCGAAUGGUUCACGCGUGCGUGCUGCACCCAAGAUUAUCCCUUCUCAACCUACGCCAAAUCCUUUCGCCGACCCACCUCGGAAUAAAGCCUACGAUCAGCUGCGCGGACGACCACGCUCCACUACGCUAACGGAUCGCGGCAGCUGGGUCAAGAACCCAUUCAAAGACCCGGCGAGUGAGCGUUUCGACCCAUUUGGUGAGUUGCAGGAGAAGGCACGAGCGGAGCGGAGAAAGUACGUUGAGGAGGCGCGACGAGAGGCUGAGGAUAGAAGGCGAAGGGAGGAGGAGCAAGAGUAUCUGGAGAAGGAAAGAAUGGGACUAGAGGUGCCGGUGCGAGAUGACAGGAAGGGAAGUGAUGUUACGGUUGGGGGGAUGGGUGUGCUUGAUCGGAGUGGAGAUGGCAGAUGGACGUGA